AUAUCUCAAAACCUCAUCUCUCUGCUCCGACGCCGUCAGCAGGCCCUUUCUCGCCCCAAACUCCGGCGACGAUCCACGCCUCGCGCUAGGGUUCUACAGAGGAGUUGUUGUGUGGCGAUGGCGUUGACCAACUUGAUCCUGACGGUGGUGGGCGUGGGCGCGGCGGUGAUGCUGCUGCGGAAGGACGUGAAGCAGUCGUCCGCCGUCUUCCGCCGCAACAUUCGCCACAUCAAGACCUGGCUCGAGGAGGAGUCCACCGCCACCACAUCUGCUGAGCGAUCGGUACCCAAGGAGCUGGAGUCCCAUGCUGCCAAGAAGGAUUCCACACCCAAAGUGGACAAGGAUUAGAUGAUUUUACACUGUUUCUAUUCGAUGCAACUGCGGGUUUAGGAUUCACAAGAAGUACUUGUAAAUAGAAGAUGUUUGGUAGGAUCUUCACUCUAAAGAAUAUUGCAAUCAAAUAAUUUGGGCAUGUAUGGGUAGCUGCAUGUGGGUUCUAUAUGUCUUCAGGUUGGUCUGAAGAUUUGAGUGCAUUUUUAUAUUUCUGUCUGGUAAGAUAUUUUACUGAAACUCUACGGUUGAGAUCAAUCACCAUGCAACUAUCGUCUUGAUAUAGGUUUUGUCUGGCAGUAAUUUGUUAGCCACUUAUGUUUUUUAUGGCACCAUUCACCCCCAUUGUUUUUAUGAAAUUAGCGUGUGUUUUUUCUUCA